AUGAGUGAGAACAUGAACAGUGAGGUGUUCGUAGCCCUCUUGGAGGCGCUAUCGUCAAGCGAUAAUUCGUUACGUUCAGAUGCAGAUGCCAAGAUUACAACUUUGAAGAAUCAUGACCUAAACGGCAUUCUAAGACUAACACUGAACGUAAUGUUAACGGAACCGAAAGAUGAAAGAAGGCUCCAAUCAGUGGUGUUGAUACGUAUUCUAUUAGAUGUGUCACGCUCAGGAGAUGCACCUCAUAAUACAUGGCAGUUAGUCUCAAACGACGUUAAAUCGCUGUUGAAGUCCUCGUUGUUAAAAUCAAUAGAAUCGGAGACACACCAGUCAAUUCGCCGUAAUGUUUGUGAUACAAUUGCGGAUCUAGUGUCAAGGUCCAUGUCACCAGGAGAAUGGCCUGAAUUAUCAUCCAUUACAAUCAGAUUAAUACAGAAUGAUAAUCCUCUGUACCGAAAAUCUGGUUUAAAAUUGUUGGGGGAGUGUUUUUCAUAUUUUGCUGAAGAUCUGGUUAGCAAAUCAAAAGAAGUUGCAGCUUUAAUAAAGACAAGUUUAAUGAGCGUGGAUACUGGAGUAAGAACUGAAGCUAUUUGUGUAGUAGGUGUAGCUGUAGAUUACGAAGAGGUUGGAGUUUCCAGUCAUCUUCGGGACACAGCACCACUUAUACUAGACUCACUCCGCAGAUUACUGGGCUGUACAGAACCAGGAGCUAGAGAUGAGUUAGAAAGUUCGUUAACAGGAGUGCUGAUGAUACUUGAGAAUAACGCUAAGUUUUUUAAGCCGCACAUUGAGUUAUUCUUCACAAGAAUGUUAGAGUUGGCAUUAGCUGAGGGGCCAGCAAGAGGGUUAGAUGGAGAGUUGAGAGCUCUGGCAUUAGAGUUGUUGUUGGUGUUGCCAGAGAAGAAGCCUCAGACAGCACUUUCAGUACCCAACUUCGGACUAAGGAUGGUCAAUUGUCUAAUGACAUGUAUGUUAGAUAUACAAGAUGAAAGUUAUGCUGAAUGGCUUGAAACAGGAAAUGAAGAUGAUACGCAUACGCUUUAUAGUGCAUCAGAAGAAGGGCUAGAUCGUCUGGGAAGAGCAUUAGAAUCCAUCGACAAUUGUCCAUUUAUGGAUUGGAUCCUAUCAACAGCAUCACAAUACCUACAAACACCCCAAUGGCAGUAUAAAUUUGUAGCCAUAAUGGCGAUUUCACAAACUGUAGAAUUUCUAACUGAUGAUCAAAUUGAUAGAUUAUCCUCAAUCAUCAGCAUAAUGUUGGAGAAACUUACUGAUGGAGAUUAUAGGAUAAGAUUUGCUGUAUGUCAAACGAUAGGUCAAAUAGCACUAGACCAUCAACCAUAUGUUCAACUUAAUUUCCAUGAAGAAGUGUUACCACCAUUGAUAAAGGCGUUUGAGGAUCCAAGCCCCAGAGUACAAUCUCACGCAUUAUCGGCCUUUAUUAACUUUGCAGAGGAGGUACAAAAGGAUCAUUUGCUCCCAUAUUCAGACGUAGUGGUGCAGAGAUUACUGGCGAAAAUAAGCGCAAACACUAGCCGCUCAGUUACAGAACAGGCAGUAACAUCAUUGGCAGUCACUGCAGGAGUGCUUGAAGAGCACUUCAUCAAAUAUUACAACACGAUCAUCCCACUAAUGAAAGAAAUAAUAACAAAAUGUAUUACCACAGAAGAGAGAACAUGUAGAGGCAAAGCUAUCGAAUGUAUUUCAAUCAUAGGAAUGUCAAUAGGAAAGGAUGUAUUUAGAAAUGAUGGAAUUGAGUGCAUGAACGCAUUGAUUCAGAUUAUGGAACAACCGAGUGAGAGUGAUGACCCAGUUCGAGAAUACAUUAACGAGGCGUUGGGGAGACUAUGUACAGCACUUGGGAACAACUUUGUGCCAUUUUUGCCAAAAAUCGUUCCAUUACUCUUGGGAGAAUUGACUAAAUCAUCAAAAUCUGUUGGAGAUCAGGAUGUGACCUUGAUGAUGGGAUUGGAUGGAGGUGCAGGUUUGAGAACAUCAUUGGUAGAUGAGCUGGAACAGACCCUGAGUUUGAUCGCGAUAAUCGUGGACGAGUUGAAGGAGUUGUACGAAGAUUAUAUCCCGUCAACUGCGCAGGCGGUUUUGCCUUUACUGACAUGCGUAUUAACAGCAGAGUUGAAGCAGAAGGCGUUGUCAGCAAUGGCAAACAUGAUUGAGGCCAAGAGAAUUGCAAUAGAGAAACGAAACAGCGGUAAGGAAAUGUUGCUGGAGUUGUUGCUCAACAUAAUGAACGCAGUUCUAACGGAUCUUGAAAAGUCACGAGAACUAGACUCCGAGUACGCAGUGCCAGUGGAUAUUCUCUCAGUGUCAGCAAACGGACUCUACAGAUGCCUUGACUGCGCAGGGCCGGGUAUUCUUAACCAAAACGUACUUAACCUCCUGACAACCAAACUGUUGCUGAUCACUGAAAAAUCGUCCAAGAUCAAGGCAAUUUACCGCAAAUGUAGAGCAAGCAAGGACUUGGAUCCGGACGAAAUCCUAGCCCUGGAAGAAGAUGAGGAAGCAGAGCAGACAUUCAGGUCAUCGUUACUUGACAUUUUCGGAGUAGUGAUGAAACAUCAUCCAGAUGAAUUCAUGAAAACAUGUCAUCCGCAAUGCCUUCAAUUUGUGUGUAUGAACUUGGAGAAGAAUGUUCCAGAUGAUGUGGCGAUUGCACUCUACUUUUGCGGGGACAUGAUUGAGUUUCUGCAGUCACGAGUGGUUUCGUUUUGGGACAAGUUUUUACCUCAUGUGCUAAAUAACAUCGAAAGUAAAAAUGCAAGUGUGCGUCAGUACGCGUGUUAUGGCGUUAGCAGGCUCUCCAAGUUGCCAGAGUUUGCCCAUUUGGCAAAUGAAUCAGCAAUUAAGAUUAGUUCAGCACUUAAAAUGAGAUUUCCCUCCUCACAAAAGGAUCAACAAAACGCAACUGACAACGCAGUUGCUGCACUCGGAGACUUGAUCAGAUACCAAGGAAACAACCUCGCAGAUGCCAACAACUACCUCACACUCUGGCUCAAGAACCUACCACUCAAACAAGAUGAAACUGAAGGGAAAAGAGUACACAAAGAACUCAUGGAACUAGUCCUCUCAAAUAACCAGACGAUACUUGGAGCCGAUAAUAGUAAUCUUGGCCAAUUGGCGAAGAUCUUCAUAUCAAUUUACGAAACUGAUUUCUCAACUGAAGAACUCAACACGCUGAUUUUGCACCUCAUGAAACACCUGGGACAGGAUUUCCUCAAACAACUCAGCCCAACUCUGUCGAAAAGACUACAAAUGCAGUUGAAAGUUAUCGCAAAAUCCCUAAGGAUUGAAAAAAUUAAUGGAAGGAAUAAAUUCGGGUUAAUUGUACCAUUGGAAGCCAAAAAUACACACUGUGAAAAUGGACCUAAAUUUUACAAAGAAAGGCCGAAAAUGGCCUUUGAUACCCUAACUCUAAAGUAUAGGAUUAGGAAGUUUAUUUUGACUAAGAAAAUCUGGUUUGGAUCUCUGAUUAUAAAAUAUUAUUUUAAAGCUAAAAUGUGGAGAAUCUAUUCGAGACUUAAAAGUCUGCUUAAAUGGGCCAAAAAAUCCAAAGAAAACGAAGAAUCGCCACAUUAUCCGCUGGUUGGAAACAAGUGGGUCCUGGAGUUUAGCAAAAACCCGAAAUGCUCAAAGAUAUCUGGUCUGAAGGAAUAUUUAAAAUUCUCAGAUGAUGGGACUGUUACAACGGUCUCAGGAUUAACAGGGAACUGGUGGGAAGAAAUGGGACACUUGAUGUGGAAAUUUCAGCUGGAAAAUGGAAAAAACGAAUUUGUGUAUUUUAAAGCAGAAUUUAUGCUUGAUCGGAAAAAUAACAAGCCAUUCAUGAGUAAUGGAGUGGUUUUCAGAGAUAGACCAGAAAGUAGCUUUCUUCCGAAGUGUUUAUUCAGACCUGUGCUUUGUAAAUUUGAAGGAUACUGCGUAUAA